AUGCUCUGGCUAGCCCUGCUGACAAUCCGGGAGCGUCAGAAAUCCCUUGCACACAAUGGGGAUCUUACAGUUAGACCCACAUGCAAGCCUGGCUUUUCAGAAGAAGACUACACAGCAUUUGUCUCCCCAAACAUUAUGGAAGGACAGAAGUUACUCAAAGUAAAAUUUAAUAACUGUGCGGGUAACAAGGGGGUUCGGUAUGAAACGAACAGCCUGGACUUCAAGGUGAGGGCAGAUGGAACCAUGUAUGCUGCCCACCAGCUGCAAAUGCCCUCGAAGCAGUUGAUCCUCCUGGUGACUGUGUGGGAUCCCCAGAGCCUGGGCAGAUGGGAAGUGAUUGUCAGGGUUCUGGUGGCAGAGAAGUCACAACAUAAUGGACACAAGCCAAAAGGAAGGAAGACUGUGCCUGGAGAAGUGGCACAGCAGCAGAGUGACACCCUGCUCCCCUGGCGCCAGCAGCAGAGCGCCCACGGCCUGCGACGCCAGAAGCGAGACUGGGUCAUCCCGCCCAUCAAUGUGCCAGAAAACUCCAGAGGACCCUUUCCACAGCAGCUGGUUCGGAUUCGUUCCGAUAAGGACAAAGAGAUCCAUAUCAGAUACAGCAUCACUGGAGUGGGAGCCGACCAGCCGCCAAUGGAAGUCUUCAACAUUGACCCUGUGUCUGGCAGGAUGUAUGUGACUCGCCCAAUGGACAGGGAAGAAAGAGCUUCCUACCACCUCCGAGCUCAUGCGGUGGAUAUGAAUGGAAACAAGGUGGAGAAUCCUAUUGACCUUUACAUCUAUGUGAUUGAUAUGAAUGACAACAGACCGGAGUUUAUAAACCAAGUCUAUAAUGGCUCUGUUGAUGAAGGCUCUAAACCAGGUACCUACGUGAUGACAGUGACGGCAAAUGAUGCAGAUGAUGGUACCACAGCAAAUGGGAUGGUGAGAUACCGAAUUGUGACUCAGACCCCGCAGAGCCCAUCACAAAAUAUGUUCACUAUUAACAGCGAGACAGGAGACAUUGUCACUGUGGCUGCUGGACUUGACAGAGAGAAAGUUCAGCAGUAUAUAGUCAUUGUUCAAGCCACAGAUAUGGAAGGAAAUCUUAACUAUGGUCUCUCAAACACGGCAACCGCGAUCAUUACGGUGACUGAUGUGAAUGACAACCCCCCCGAAUUCACUACCAGCACUUAUUCAGGGGAAGUUCCUGAGAACAGAGUGGAGGUUGUGGUGGCAAAUCUGACCGUGCUGGACCGGGACCAGCCGCACUCCCCCAACUGGAAUGCCAUCUACCGCAUCAUCAGCGGAGACCCCUCUGGCCACUUCACCAUCCGGACAGACCCUGUCACCAACGAGGGCAUGGUCACUGUUGUGAAGGCAGUCGAUUACGAGAUGAACAGAGCUUUCAUGCUGACAGUGAUGGUAUCAAACCAAGCUCCCCUGGCCAGUGGCAUCCAGAUGUCCUUCCAGUCGACAGCAGGAGUCACCAUUUCAGUCACAGAUGUUAACGAAGCUCCAUAUUUCCCGACAAACCACAAGUUAAUCAGGCUGGAGGAGGGGGUGCCUACAGGGACAGUCCUGACAACGUUUUCAGCAGUGGAUCCUGAUCGCUUCAUGCAGCAGGCAGUAAGAUACUCUAAGCUGUCAGAUCCUGCAAACUGGCUGAACAUUAAUGCCACAAAUGGUCAGAUCACUACUGCUGCUGUCCUUGAUCGAGAGUCAGACUACAUUAAGAAUAAUGUCUACGAGGCCACAUUCUUGGCGGCUGACAACGGUAUCCCCCCUGCCAGCGGCACGGGCACGCUGCAGAUCUACCUCAUCGACAUCAACGAUAAUGCUCCUGAGCUCCUGCCAAAGGAGGCACAGAUCUGUGAAAAGCCAAACCUGAAUGUCAUCAACAUAACAGCCGCCGAUGCUGACAUCGAUCCAAACGUUGGGCCCUUUGUCUUCGAGCUGCCAAGUGUGCCAUCUGCGGUGAGGAAGAACUGGACCAUAACACGGCUGAAUGGUGAUUAUGCCCAGCUUAGUCUACGAAUCAUGUACCUGGAAGCUGGUGUGUACGACGUGCCAAUCAUCGUGACAGACUCGGGAAACCCCCCAUUGUACAACACCUCAGUCAUCAAGGUGAAGGUGUGUCCGUGCGACGAGAACGGUGACUGCACCACCAUCGGGGCGGUGGCCGCGGCGGGGCUGGGCACUGGUGCCAUCAUCGCCAUCCUGAUCUGCAUCAUCAUCUUGCUGACCAUGGUUCUGCUGUUUGUGGUGUGGAUGAAGCGCCGGGAGAAGGAACGUCACACCAAGCAGCUCCUGAUUGACCCCGAGGAUGAUGUGAGGGACAACAUUCUGAAGUAUGACGAAGAGGGAGGUGGAGAAGAAGACCAGGAUUAUGAUUUAAGCCAGCUCCAGCAGCCAGAGACCAUGGAUCACGUGCUGAACAAGACGCCAGGAGUCCGAAGGGUGGAUGAAAGACCCAUUGGUGCUGAACCACAGUAUCCUAUAAGACCAGUAAUCCCACAUCCAGGAGAUAUUGGUGACUUCAUCAAUGAGGGCCUGCGUGCAGCAGACAACGACCCCACAGCCCCUCCCUACGAUUCCCUCCUGGUCUUUGACUACGAGGGCAGCGGCUCCACCGCCGGCUCCGUCAGCUCCCUCAACUCCUCCAGCUCUGGGGACCAGGACUACGACUACCUGAACGACUGGGGGCCCAGGUUUAAGAAACUGGCAGACAUGUAUGGGGGAGGCGAGGAAGAUUAAACUGACCUCACGUUAUUUAAAAUUUAAAAAAAAAAAAAGGAG